AUGGACGAAGAGCUGUGUAUCAUGAUUCAUGAUUCCCAUGUUGCACACUUUGACAAAAACACCAAUGGACAUGUUAAAUCAACUGAGAGACGGGCUGAAAAGCUUAGGCGUGUUACUUUCGAUUAUCUCCUCUUUCUCACGAGGGAUCAAUUAGAAGCUGCUGUUGGUGGAUUUGGAAAUGUUCCUAUUAGUGCAGAAAAACAACUGUUAAUAGCAUUAUGGAUUUUGGGAACACCUGAUUCCUACAGAUCUGUGACCUCUAAAUUUGGUGUUGCAAAGUCAACAGCGUGGAAAAGUACGUUCAGAGUUGUUAAAGUGCUCUGCAACUAUCGAAAUUAUUUUAUUAGGUGGCCUUCUCAUGAGGAAGCUCAAGAAACAGCUGUACGAAUCCAAGAGGCUCAUGGGUUUCCUGGUGUAAUCGGGGCCUUGGAUGGUACCCAUAUUAAUAUAUCGGCUCCCAAAAAUGAUCCAAACGCAUACAUUAACAGAAAAGGCAAACACUCCAUACAAUUACAGGUCAUAUGCAACGACAAGUUGGAAUUCAUGCACUGUUACGUGGGCAUGCCUGGGUCUGUGCAUGAUAUGAGAGUCUUCAAGUAUUCUGGUGUACAAGAUAAGUGCACUGACGAAUAUUUUCCAAACGAUUGUCACAUCCUAGCUGAUGCAGCUUACACUAUUCAGAAAUGUAUUAUGGUUCCCUUCAAAGACAAUGGGCAUCUCAGCAGAGAAGAAACUCUUUUUAAUACCAACUUGUCGAGAAUACGUACUAUGGUAGAGCGUUGUAUUGGACUCUUGAAGAUGAGAUGGAGAAUUCUUUUGGAUAAAGUACCAAUGCGACGGACUGAUCUCUUACCAUUCUACAUUUUAGCUACUUGUGUCUUGCACAACAUUUGUUUAAAAAGAGAGGAUACGUUUGAGUAUCCUAUCGUUAUACCAGACACUGAAAAUGAGUAUCCAGAGCCCCUCGCAGUAAAUGCUGAUCAAAAGAGACUAGGAGAAGCUAAGAGACGGGAAUUAGUGCUGACACUGCAAAGAAAUAGAGACAUAUAAAAAUGUAUAUUCUAUAUGAGUGAUCUUCAGAUAAACUGUCGUAUCGUGCUUUCGUAUAUUUACAUGUUACCACUCUAUUUAUUAAUAAUGUAAAUUUUUACAUCAAU